CGUUUUCCCAUCCGCUCCCCCUCACCUCCCUCCAUCCUUGGAUUUGUCACGAGAAGAAGAAGAAGAAGAUGACGAUGAUGCUGGUGCUGAUGUGAAUGGGACACACACACACGCCAGCACGGAGGCAUCCACGCCGCGAGUGCCCCCGUCAUUUUGGAGCGAACACGCGGAGAUUUGCGCACCGGCGAGCGGGGCCAGCGUGUGCGCUCUGCCCGGGCCCGGCGCGAGACGUCUGGGCGGACUGACGAAGCAGGAUGGAGGCGUUUUUCACGGAGGGGGCCCGCGUUUGGGUUAGGGAGAAAGAACAGCUGGUCCCGGCCACGGUCAAUUCCUGCGGAGAUGGAACCCUGGUUGUCACUACUGACUAUGGAGAGGUGCUGUACCUGCAACAGGCGGAGGUCACCAGGGAGCGCGUGUACGCCAUGCACCAGUCCAGUGUGGACGGCGUGGAGGACAUGUCGGCGCUGGCUGAGCUGCACGAGGCGGCCAUCAUGCACAACCUGUACCAGCGCUACCAGAAGGACAACAUCUAUACAAACAUUGGCAGCAUCCUGGCCGCCGUCAACCCUUAUAAGCAGUUCCCGGGUCUGUACGACCCGGAGCGGGUGGACCUCUACUCCAAGCACCAGCUGGGCGAGCUGCCGCCGCACAUCUUCGCCGUGGCCAACGAAUGCUACCGUUGCAUUUGGAAGAGACACGACAGCCAGUGUGUGCUCAUCAGUGGCGAGUCGGGGGCGGGGAAGACGGAAAGCACCAAGCUGUUGCUGCAGUUCUUGUCGAUGAUGAGCCAGAACUCAGCUGGGACGCCGCCGUCGGAGAGAAGCACGCGUGUGGAGCAGGCCAUCGUACAGAGCAGUCCUAUCAUGGAAGCGUUUGGGAACGCCAAGACCGUCUACAACAACAACUCCAGCCGCUUCGGCAAGUUCAUCCAGCUUCACUUCUCGGAGAGCGGCAACAUCCAGGGAGGCUGCGUCAUCGAUUAUUUACUGGAAAAGAACCGAGUGGUGCGACAGAAUCCCGGAGAACGCAACUACCACAUCUUCUACGCGCUCCUGGCGGGAGACACCAAAGAGCAUAAAAGUCUCUACUUCCUUGAGGAUCCAGCAGAAUCUUUCCACUACCUCAGCCAGUCAGGCUGCCUGAAGGACAAGAGUCUGAAUGACAAAGAGCUGUUUAACAGUGUUAUGGAGGCGCUGAAGGUGCUGGAAUUCUCCGAGGAGGAGAUCAGGGACAUGUUCAAGCUCCUCUCGGGCGUCCUGCAGCUCGGCAACGUGGAGUUCAUGACGGCGGGAGGAGCUCAGAUCACCACCAAGCAAGUGGUGACCAAUGCCAGCGAGCUGCUUGGCCUCGACGCUUUCCAGUUGUCCGAAGUGCUGACUCAGCGCUCCAUCAUCCUGCGAGGGGAAGAGAUAUGUUCGCCGCUGACCAUCGAGCAGGCCGUGGAUUCUCGGGACUCUGUUGCCAUGGCGCUGUAUUCCCAAUGUUUCUCCUGGAUCAUCCUCAAGAUUAAUCAGAAGAUCAAAGGGAAGGAAAACUUUAAGUCCAUCGGCAUCCUGGACAUCUUCGGCUUUGAGAACUUUGAGGUGAAUCGCUUUGAGCAGUUCAACAUCAACUACGCCAACGAGAAGCUGCAGGAGUACUUCAACAAGCACAUCUUCUCCCUGGAGCAGCUCGAGUACAACAGGGAAGGUGUCCAGUGGGACGCCAUCGACUGGAUGGACAAUGCCGAGUGUCUUGACCUCAUAGAGAAGAAAUUGGGAUUGUUGGCUCUGGUGAACGAAGAGAGUCGCUUCCCCAAAGGCACAGACUUCACUCUUCUUGAGAAGCUGCACAGUAGACACUCUACCAACCCGUACUACGUGAAGCCCAGACUGGCCGACCAUCAGUUCGGUAUCAAACAUUACGCCGGGGAGGUUCUGUAUGACGUCAAAGGCAUUUUGGAGAAGAACAGAGACACGUUCAGAGACGACAUCCUCAACAUGCUCAAAGACAGCAGGCUGGACUUCAUCUAUGACCUUUUUGAGAAGGUGGGCAGCAGGAACAACGAGGAGAAGAUGGGAACAGCCAGACGCAAGCCCACCGUCAGCUCCCAGUUCAGGGACUCCCUGCAUGCUCUCAUGGCCACUCUGAGUGCUUCCAAUCCUUUCUUCAUCCGCUGCAUUAAGCCCAAUAUGGAAAAGAAUCCCAACGUGUUCGAUCCGGACGUUGUCCUCAACCAGCUGAGGUACUCGGGGAUGCUGGAGACCGUCAAGAUCCGUCGCGCAGGGUUCCCUGUCCGAAGAACUUUCAAAGACUUCUUCUCGCGAUAUAAGAUCAUUUCCAAGGAGAAAGCGGCUACGGGGGGAGAUGACAAGAAGAGGAGCACGGACCUACUGACUAAAUACGACAAGACCAAGAAGAAGUGGCAGCUGGGGAAGACCAAAGUUUUUAUGAAAGAGUCUCUGGAGCAACGCUUGGAGAAAGACCGCGACGAAGUGCGACGCCAGGCGGCCAUGAUCAUAAGAGCUCACCUUCUCACUUUCUCGGCCAAGAAACACUUCAAGCGAAUGCGGGCUAGCACCAUCACCCUGCAGAAGCACCUGCGCAGGCACAUCCAGCGCGGCCGCUUUGUCCGCCAACGCAAGGCGGCGCUGGUGCUCCAGAGGCACCGGCGAGGCCAGGUGGCACGAGCUCGCGUCUGCAAGCUCCGAGAGGAGAGGAGGAAGAAGGAGGAGGAAGAGAGGAAGGAGGAAGAGGUGGAGGCAGACGAGGACGAGGAGGAGGAGGAGGAGGAGGAGGAGGAGGAAGAGGAAGAAGAGCAAGAGGAGGCAGAAGGCGACAGGGAGCAGAAGGGAGCUGCCGAGGGGACCACUAAAUCCUCUGAGAACGAAAUGCGACAGAUGGAGGAGAUCCUCCAGCUGGAACGCGAGAUCGAGCGUCUGCAGAAGAAGCGCGAGGACGAGGUGUCGCAGCUGUGCGAGUCGUCCAAGCAGGAGCUGCAGCUGCGCCGCGACGCCGAGGUCAAGCGCAUGAAGAAGGAGGCCUCGCGCAAGGCCACGGGCCUCAUCGACCUGCUCAACUUCGGCGGCGUGGAUCCCUCUCUGGGCGCGGCGGCCGAAGCCGAGGUCGACGCCGAGGCCGGAGCGCCAGAGCCCGUCAAGGCUGCCACCGCCACGCAGCCCUGCGUGUCCAAGGACGAGGAGGUGGACGAGGGUUGCCGCACCGAGGAGGAGUACAUCCCGCUUCCUGACUUCCCCCCUCCCGCGGAGACGGACACCCCCAUGGAUCAGGCCAUGUUCGCCCACCUUCCUCCGCCGCCGCCGGCGUUCGCCGAGGGGACGGUACCUCCGGCGCCGUCCACGCUCCCUACGGAAGGGCAGAAGGCCGAGCCGGAGAGGAAGGUGAGCGUGGUGGACAGCCUGGUGGACGGCGAGGAGCCCAUCUACAGCAUGCCCGCCGACACCGAGUCCGACUACGACCAGGAGGAGGAGGAGGGCUCGGUGACGGCCGGCGACGACAGCUCGGUGUCGGGCAGCAACCGGGGCAGCGCCGCCGUCGCCGAUGAAGAGCACCCGCGCAAGUCCACCUGCACCAGCGUCAGCGCCGAGUCGUACCGCGGCAGUUCCGACUCUUACCCAGGCAGCGACGACGAGCACGACGGCAUGAUGGACACCGAUGAGGACGCCACAAACGGACGAGUGACCUUGUUCAACGGCAACGGGCCGCCGUAUUUCCACGGCUACCUCUACAUGAAAGCUGGCCUCAUGAUCCCCUGGCGGAGGCGCUGGUGCGUGCUAAAGGACGAGACCUUCAUGUGGUUCCGCUCCAAGCAAGAGUCCCUCAAGUCGGGCUGGCUCUACAAGAAAGGAGGCGGACUCUCAACCCUCUCACGCAGAAACUGGAAGAUGCGUUGGUUUGUGCUGAGGGACAGCAAGCUGAUGUACUACGACAACGACAGCGAGGAGAAGCUGAAGGGAACCAUCGACAUCCGGGCUGCAAAGGAGAUCGUCGACAACCACGAGAAGGAGAACGCUCUGAACAUUGUGACCGACGAGAGGACCUACCAAGUUUUUGCAGAGUCGCCAGAGGACGCCAGCGGGUGGUUUAAUGUGCUCAGUAAGGUGCGAGUCUGCACGCCCGAGCAGCUGCUGGAGAUGUCCCACGAGCAGGCCAACCCCAAGAACGCUGUGGGAACGCUUGACGUGGGCCUGAUUGACUCUGUCUGUGCAUCGGACAACCCUGAUCGGCCCAACUCCUUUGUGAUCAUCACAGCCAACCGUGUGAUCCACUGCAACAGCGACACGCCCGAGGAGAUGCAUCACUGGAUCAGUCUGCUGCAGAAGCCCAAAUGCGACGCCAGGAUCGAAGAGUUUCUCGUUCGAGGUUGGCUCCAGAAGGAGGUGAAGACCAACGCGAAGAGCGCCUCGCUGAAGCUGAAGAAGCGCUGGUUCGUCCUCACGCACAACUCCCUGGACUACUACAAGAGCUCCGAGCGCAACUCUUCCAAGAUGGGCACGCUGGUGCUCAACUCGCUCUGCUCCGUCAUCCAGCCGGACGAGCGAGUGCACAGGGAGACUGGAUACUGGAACAUCAUCGUGUAUGGUAGGAAACAUUCCUACCGCCUCUACACCAAAAUGCUGAACGAGGCCAUGAGAUGGACAGCCGCCAUACAAGGCGUCAUAGACAGCAAGACCCCCAUCGAGACCCCGACUCUUCAGCUCAUCAGAGACAUCAAGGAGAACAGCGUGAAUGCAGAAAUAGUAGAGCAGAUGUACAGGAGGAACCCUAUCCUCAGAUACACGCAGCAUCCCCUACACUCGCCGCUGCUGCCACUACCAUACGGCGAAGUCACUAGCCUGCAAAGGCAGCAGGGCUACGCCAGCCUGCAGGACGAGGCCGUGCGGGUCUUCAAUUCGCUGCAGGAAAUGGAGACGCUGGCCGACACGGUGCCCAUCAUCCAGGGCAUCCUGCAAACCUGCCAGGACCUCCGUCCUCUCAGGGAUGAGGUUUAUUGUCAGGUGAUCAAGCAGACCAAUCAUGUGUCUCAGCCCAACAGCCCAGCCAAUCGGGCGCAUUGGCACCUCCUCACCUGCAUGAGCUGCACCUUCCUCCCCAGUCGCGUCAUCCUCCGAUAUCUCCGCUUCCACCUGAAGAAGGUCCGCGAACGCUACCCCAGCACGGAGAUCGAGCGCUACGCCGCUUUCAUCGGAGAAUCUCUAAAGAAGACCAAGACUCGUGAGUUUGUACCCUCCCAGGAGGAGAUCGCUGCCUUGCUGGUGAGACAGGAGAUGAGCACCACAGUUUACUGCCACGGGGGAGGAUCUUGCAAGAUCUCCAUCAACUCGCACACCACGGCUGGAGAGGUUGUGGAGAAGUUGAUCCGAGGAUUGGCCAUGGAGGAAAGCAAGAACCUUUUCUCUCUUUUUGAGCACAAUUCUGUGACGGAUCGCGCUUUGGAGAGCAGAGUCAUUGUGGCAGAUGUUCUAGCCAAGUUUGAAAGGCUUGCCGGCAGUGAGGAAGAGGAAGAAGAAGGAGAGUGGAAGCUGUAUUUCAAGCUCUACUGCUUCUUGGAUGUGGAGAGCAUGCACAAAGAAGGAGUGGAAUUUGCUUUCAUGUUUGAGCAGGCCCAUGAGUCUCUCAUCAGCAGACACUUCCCGGCAUCUGAGGAGACUUUGCAGCACCUGGCCUCUUUACGUCUCCAGUAUCUCCAUGGUGACGGGGCAGGCCGGGCCGGCUGGAGUCUGGGGACUGUCUAUCCCAUCGGACGUCUCCGCAGCCGUAUCAUACACUCCACUAAGUCGGGCGUGGGCUCAGCGAGUGCGACGGCAGGAGCAGGGACAGCGGACGGUAAGGCAGCAGCGGGAGGGCCAGGCGUUCCAGUCGAGAAACGCAAAACGCCGAGCUUCCUGGAUGGCACACUGAGGAGGAGCUUCAAGACGGGCUCACUGAAGAAACAGAAGGUGGAGGAGGAGCAGAUGCUGGAGAUGUGGGUGAAGGAGGAGACGUCGGCCACACGCACCAGCGUGCUGGAGAAGUGGACGCGGCUGCAGGGCAUGGCACAACACCAGGCCAUGCUCAAAUACAUGAGCAUUAUCAAGGAGUGGCCUGGAUACGGAUCCACUCUCUUCGAUGUGGAGUGUAAGGAAGGUGGUUUCCCUCAUGACCUGUGGCUGGGCGUGAGUGCCGAUAAUUUGUCCGUGUACAAGCGAGGCGAACCAAAACCGCUGGAGACGUUUCAGUACGAACACAUCACGUUCUUUGGCGCCUCGCAGCUCUGCACCUACAAGAUCAUCGUGGACGAGAGGGAGAUGUUCUUUGAGACCCCACUGGUUGCCGAAAUCACCAAGAUCAUGAGGGCUUACAUUAAUAUGAUGGUGAAAAAACGCUGCAGCAUCAUGUCCGUCACCAGCGUCGCCAGCUCGUGGGUGAGGUGAUUGCCGUUGGCCAAUCAGAGUCAUUGGUUUUCCCCAGUGGCUAACGAUACCCGUCCUGGGGCAGAUGCACCAGUCCCUGCCAAGUGGCCGCUGAAGCAAAGGGAUCAAUGGGAUUGGGUUGGAUGCAUUUGUGGAUUUUUCAUUCAAGCAUGACACAGGAACCUGGAUUUUUGAGGACAGUCUUUUCGCAUACAGUACAUUACCCCAGUUCUAGCCCUUGCAUGAAGUAGUUAAAGCACAUUACACAUUUUCAGAUUUCCUUCUUUUUGAGUCUCAAGCACAAAGCACUCAUCAGCUGGUCUGUCCUACUUUUACCGAGGACUCACCGGGGCUCCAUCCAAGGACCUAGUGGGGCUCUCUCCAAGAACCCCGGGGUGGGGAGGGGGGCUACAUUUAAAUAUUUGUGGACGGUCUCCCACACAGGUCUUAGGAGGUCUGCCUUUGAGGCCCCAAGGCAUGGCUCCCUUUUAAGACUCUAACACUCCAGGACCAAAUUGGCCCUAACUCCUAGACCUGCUGAUGGCUUCAUCGUACAACACAGGAUCGUCCCACCCCCACUCCCAAUGAUCCAAGGAGUAGGAUCCCUCCCCUAGGAACGCCCAGGACCAAAGGGGGCUACCUCCUGACACAGGGGAGGGGUUGGUACCCCACCCUCUGGUGCACUGCCAGACAAUCUGCUUCAAGCGCGCUUGUGUCUCUCUCUCUCUCUCUCUCUCUCUCUCUCUCUCUCUCACUCUCUAUUUUCAUGCAUUCAUCCUCACCCCGUUGCAUAUUAUUAAGUUUCCGUGUUGAAUUUUUGCUUGCUUUUGUCCCUCCGGUUCUUUUCUGUGAUAUCACUUCUAUCGCAUCUGUCGUUGAGGGCGUGGGGUCUCUUCUUUUUGGACAAGGGAGAAGAAAUGAAGACAUUAACUCACUAGUGCCACCGUGUGGCCAUAAGAAGAAACUACAGCCAAAAGAAAACCACUUGGAAUUCUUUGGAAUGAUAUCAAGAAAGACAUCCAAUGUGAUGUAACGCAAUUCCACACACUUGGUGUCUGUUAUGACUAUAUUCAUACACAAACUGAACCGAGUUUUAUUGUUUUUGUACUGUAUAUCACACAUAAUAGAGUUAUUAUUGAAUUUUCUGUGGUUACAGCACUGUGGAACCUAGACAGAGAAUCUACGCGUAAGGCAAUGUGACACCUCUAGUGUAAGAUACAAGCAAUUUAAAGGGUAUCUUUCACUGGCAGUGCCAUUCAUGUGACUCACAGAGAAACGGUGUUUGGAUGAAUUUAUCAUUGUUUUUUGUUUUGUUUUGUUUUUUAACGCUAUUGUAGUACUGUAUACUCUUGUCUGAUUAGACUGACUGAUUUUUUUCUUUAUAGCAAAAAUGACAUAAGUGCACCAGUUUGUCUGUACGUCCGUGUUUCCAUGUGGCUUUACUUACUGGGACUGCUAUUAUUACUGUACAACAACCCCUCCGCUAAAAGUGCUGUGUGUGUCUGUUGCGUGUGUGUGUGUGUGUGUGUGUGUGCGUGUGUGUGUGCGACAUUGUACUCCAAACUGCAUUAUAAGGGAAAAGAAACGAAGAAAAGUAACACGUGUAUUCCUCGGAAAUGAGAUGUAUUUAUAUGACUAAGCAAACGAUGGUGUUGUGAUCGUGUGUUAACGGGGAAGAAAGAGCAUGGGGACUUUUAAUGGGAGGGAGGGAACAAGGUUAUUUAUUUACGAACAUACUGUAUUGAUGAGUGUGUUAACGGAGGAAGGCUGCAUUGUGUAUUUUGGAAAAUACAGUUUCAAAAGGUGCAUACCGUAUUUCCUCAAAUUGUGGCAUCGGCAAAUAAAUUGUCGUUGUCGUCUGCUUGGGACAAACAAAUGCCCCCCAAAUGGAGUAGUGAUGCAUUGUUCACACUCAUAGUUCUUUGACAUUAAAGAGCGACCUGUUGAGCCCACUUCAACUCUGUUGCUAACCAAAACAGCAGCACCCAACAGUACGUAAUCAGUGUACUCUUACAAUCUUGCAUUAUGUGGAGACGGCGGUCUUUAACCCAUUCCAGUUGGGUAAAUAAAUGCCCCCCUGGCCACUGUUUGAGGAAAUAUGGUAUACAGUAUAUGAAACUGUGAAGAGAAAUAUGGAUUAUGCAAAAUAUAAGUGCUGGUAUCUGUGUAUGUUUGGACUGGGAGUGAUGUCAUUGCAUCAUGUGGCACUAGUACAACAGGUCGGGGCCAUGUCUGCCAUCUAUUUGCAGGUCGGCUGUAACUUUACCUUGGGAAAUAUUGAGGUCAGAACCUUGGAUUGAUCAGAGAAUCUUGACUUUUCUGUUGUAUUUCACUCUGCCUAUUUAAACGGGGUAGAACUAAACAGGGAUCCGGAAAAUAAACACACCCUUCCCGAUUAAAAUCACAGUUUUUCCUGAUGUAAAACAAUGAGACGCCGAAGGAUAAUUUCAAAAACUUUCAUUUAACAUAUAUAUAUAUUUUCAAAUAUGUAAGGUUUUCUCCCAGGACCCAGGGUGCGGUGUCGGUGUCGGGCCUGCGAGAACCCUGUGGGGGAUCGCUCCCAAGACCCCUCAACCUCGUCCCAAGCCCAAGGCAUUUCUUCUCGGGCACAGGCCCCGUUAAGGCCACCCCACAGAUAUUCAUUUUGAUUUAGGCCUGCGCUCUGGCAUUCCAAACACUUAAAAACCCAAGAGGCUACCUUCAACGUCCUUUUGGAAGCGGGAAAGGUGUGUUUGAGGCGUAUUCGCAAUUCCCUAUCCACGGUAUGACCUCACAGUGUUUAGUGACAGCUGCGGCCCAUGAUGCAUUGCACACUGAUAAAAGAGUGGUUCCAUCCAGCUCGAACUAAGAAGGACUCUGGAGCCACCUGUUCUACGUGUUCUAGCUCUAUGCUUCUGUCUGUCACUGAUGCUUAACCCAACAGGGAGUUGAGUAGUAUGCGAUCCCUGAGGGGGGUGAUGAAAAAACAUAUAUAAUAAAUGUCCUGCCAUCAGCCGCAGGCGGCCAGCGUGGGUCUUGUUUUUAUGAAUAUUAUUACGAUUACUAUUAUUAUUAUUAUUACAGUUUCAUGUUAUGCUUACUAUCAUCUUUAAACAUUGUGCUUGUUGAGACAAAAAAAAAUGAGAGAGAGAGAGAAGUGUGUUGUUAUUUUUUAUUUUGAACUUGAUUUAAAUAACAUGCUUUAAUAAAUU